UUAAAUUACCGCUACGUCUCACAGCAACGGGGGACGCUGUAGCCAUGGAAACCGUAACAGUCUUUGCAAAGAAGUGCGUGCAAAAUGACAUCGAUACAGAAAGACAUCUUUAAAUGUGUGUUGUCUGGUGACUUAGAGGGUAUUAAGGAGCAUCUUGAACGCGAGGCUGUCACAGAGGAGUCGCAGGAAAUAGAUUUGUGCGGGAUGAAGGACGACUUCGGGAGAAAUGCUCUGCAUAACGCCUGCAUGUUGGGGGGGAGCGCCAUCGCACGAGAGCUGGUCAGACACGGAGCCCAGGUCAACGAGCAGACCGUCAGAGGUUAUUCCUCGCUGCAUCUGGCGGCUGGUUGGGGCCACCUGGAGACAGUGAGGACUCUGCUUGAACUGGGAGCUGACACACAGGCCGAGACCUUCUUAGGGUACAGGCCUGUAGACCUGGCCAGAAAUUAUUCCAGGACAGACUGUGCUGACUGUCUCACCUUGGCCGAAGCUAAACAGGACUUGGUGUCAUAUUUAACCUUUGUUAAAGACCUCAUCUCUGACCCAGAGAGUAAACUUACAAAGGAAGAAAAGAACAUCUGUACGCGUAAAUGCUCUGCCAAGUCAGACUGGAUUCAGAGUGUCAAAAACUCAACAGUCUCAGAUUUCAUAGCCCACAGGAAAGACAUAGAGGACACUCUUCAGCCUCUUCUCUGCAAACUGUCAGCUCAGUCAGCUACUUCGCCUGUCCAACCAGCAGGAAAAGUCUAAAGCAGAGGAAGAUCUUUGCAGCGUUAGGUUUGCAGGAAAUGUCACAAAAAACGUUUUCUAUGUAUAAGUGAGAAUGUGUUGUGUGGCACAAGAGUAUUUGUUGAUAGACGCUUAUUUCCUGUAUUUUGUGUUUUGUAAAGCUGCGGAACGGACAGAGUCCAAAACUAAUUUCCCUUCGGGGACAAUAAAGUGUAUCUUAUCUUA